ACCAUUUUGGACUUGCAUAAUUUAUAGUUAAGAAAACUAUGACCAUCUUAAUUAUUUGAGUCCUGCAUUUUUAAUUUUAGUAGCUGAGUUGGAAUGGUUACUUUUCUUGAUUACAUACAUUGAAUUCUUGAUCCUUGCUUAAUUUGGGGAAGGAGUAUCUCCUGUGUACUGUUCUUUUGUUUUCUACUUUGUGAAGCUUUAUUCAAUCAGGAGUACAGUGUGCUUGAUUACAAAGAGAAAGUGGUUGAUGGUUUCUAUCAUGUGUAUGGGCCUUCCACAAAUUCAGCACUCCAAGGAAAAAUGCCAUCUCUUGCAGAUCUUGAGACAAAUCUUGGGAAUUAUGGCUUUGAAGUUGUGAUUGUCAAUCGAACAAUUGACCCUGUCUUAGAAGAGUUGGUGCAAAUUGCACAUUGUAUUGCAUUAGAUUGCCCUGCUAGUAACGUUAGUGUUUUAGUCCAAAAGCUUGCUGAAUUUGUUACAGGCCAUAUGGGUGGACCCGUUAAGGAUGCUAAUAUAAUGUUCGCAAGGUUAGUUAUUAAACUUAAACUUGUGGCUCUAGUCUCCACUGGCCAACUUUCUGUUACUGUAUUGGCUGAUAAUAUAAAGUUACCUUGUAGACUCGUAAAAGGCAGUCAUUACACUGGGGUUGAGGAUGAUGCUGUAAACAUGUUAAAGCUGGAGCAUGAAAGGGAUUUUUUGGUUGAUCUCAUGGCAGCUCCUGGGACACUUAUACCUGCUGAUGUUUUCAGUGCAAAGGAUACCGCUUUGAAGUCAUAUAAUCCAUCACUAAGCAAAAUCCUGACUAUUCAGUUUUCUGAUGAUGUUGGAGGGGGAUCAAGUUCAAAAAACACAGAAUACUUAUAUUCAUUCUCAGGACCAAGUGGUGACUCUGCUGUUGUCACUUCCAUAAUAUCUAACAAAAUGUCCCCUAAUCAGUUGGAUCAUCUUCCUUCUACUGUAAUUGGAGCUUCACUUUAUAAAGGGAGUCGUGGGACCAAUCCUACAGUUGACAGUGCAAGGAUGAACCUCAAUGAGGUUCCAUACAGUCAGAAUAGUAAGGAUGACUCUAAAAACCUUUUUGCAGAUCUUAAUCCUUUCCAGAUAAAAGGGACAGAUAAAACUUACCUGCAGAACAAAUCUACCGAAAGCAAAGUUGAUGACCUUCAAAGACAAAAAAUGAAUAUUUACAAUUAUGUGGAUGGUCUAUUUCCCAAAAUCAAUCGUGAGUCUUAUGAGUUCCAUCAAUCAGCAUCAGCUUUAACCAGCUCAACAAAAUCUGAGAAGGUCCAUCCUCAUGGUUUCAAGUUAUCGGGUGAUUCCAAUCUCCCCAAUAAUGAUAAUAAAUCUAGGGAUCGUUUGUCUGACAUGGGACAAUCUUUGACUUCUACUACUGGUCAGUUCAAUAACGCACCAAUGGUUCAGGAUGUGAGCACAAACUAUAAUGAAGAAAAAUCCAAUGGAUGGCAGGAUGUGCAAAAUAACACUGUGGAUAUGGUUAAAGAUCAGGAAAGUAAUGAAGUGCAUUUACAUGAUCACAGAAAAGCCAAACCUGAUAAAUGUAUGGGGAAAAAUCUGAAAAUGAAGAAUCCUGAAAGUCCUAGGUCACCAGUUGAUUGCAUAACAGAAAGGGUUGAUCAACUCUUUGAUGAUGUAGAUGUGGGUGAUUUUGAAAUUGCAUGGGAAGACUUGCUUAUUGGUGAAAGAAUUGGACUGGGUAAGGCAUAUGAUCUAUUCUCUAUUAGAUGCCCGAGUAAUGGAUUAUCCUUAUCCUCAACUAAAGUUGUAGAAGAUGUGGCAAAAUGAGGCAAAGUUAAAAAAUUUUGAUGGUAAAAAUGACGCCAAUCUGCUUGCUGAAUCAAAUUAAAUCACAUAUAUUGAUUAUCCGAAAUUGAACUCUGAAUUUCAAUGUUCUGAAAUUGACAGGGUGCUGAUGUGCUAAAAGCCUUACAUGAUAUAUAUGCUUCAAGACUCAAAAGGGUAUGACUUAUUUAGUAAUUCUAAGGAUGCAAUACUAUCAGCAUCAGCCAGAAUGAGAAGCCAAAAUACCCUUGGAAGAGAUUUCAAACACAAGAUGACGAUUUCAAGACUAUUUUUAGCCAUCCAAUCAGCUGUGUAGCUGUCGGGCUCCACCUCCUGGUAUUGGUAGUGCUAGUGAUUUUCUUGAUGAUGUUCCUAUGAGGGUGGUGGCUGGUAUUGUUAAUGUCAAAUUCUAAAGCCAGAAGGAGAGCAACGCAUAGGUCCAAAGUUCAGCAAGAUCAAUGCUACAAUUCUCAAGGAACAUGCUAAAACCAGCAUCUAGUUACCAUGGAUCCAAGAGAAAUCGUUGAUGAUGUCUCUCUUUUUUCUGAAAAUGUCCAUCUCUGUAUAUUCUUCAAAGACUUUGUUCAUGAAAUUGUUGCACUCAUCAAGGUCAGGCAAAUUAGUAUGGAGACUUUGAAGACUACACUUGUUUGGAUUUGAAGUAGAGCUGGUUUGGUCUCACAUAACAGGUCCAAGCAUAUCUUGGCAAGGCACUAUUAUUAUAAUCAUCAUAAUAAUCGGCUUCUGGAUUG